UGUUGAGUGGCCAAGAUGCCAUUGAUGACGCCGCAAACCGGCUUGGAAUUCUGUAUAUCCCCUCCGCUCUCCCCCCUCGUUACAAACUGGAUUUGCAUUUUCAAUCGCGUUCUGUCGCUGCUCGAGAAUCCUCAGUUGGGCCCGCACUCUGGAGCAGGAAUGUUGCUGACUGCCAAUUGGUUUCUGCCGCUUUUUCUGUGGCUCGGCUGCGGGGGAUUCCCCUCGCUGAACGGAGCCGAUCUCUGCCAGCCCGUUGGUUGGCGCAACUUCCAGUGCAACGAGGUGGCCUCUCUGCAGGAUCUGGUGGAUUUGGGAGCCGAAAACUGGCACACCCUCGCCAUCCGGAAUGUGCAAACGGAACUGGAGGUGGGCUCGGGCGAGAAUGCAGAUCACUUGGCCAACUUGGUGGAACUGGAUUUAACAGCAGCAGCCCCAAUAAAUCUACAUACAAGCGGCUUUGCCAUUCUGCCCAAUGUGCGGUACCUAAACCUCAGCGGUUGCGGUCUCGUUGACAUCCAGGGAAACCACUUUGCGGUUGAGUCAGCGCUUCAGCGGCUCGACUUAAGCCACAAUCAAAUGGAGCUUCUCGACCGGGACUUUUUUGGCAAUCUGAGGAAGUUGAUUUAUGCCAACUUUUCGCAUAACUCGCUGAAGCAAUGCGAUCUGCCCCAUAUGCCGCUGCUCAAUCGCCUGGAACUGGGCCACAAUCGCUUGGUUAAUGCCACUUUCGGGGUCUGUCCACAGCUGCAGGAAUUGAUCUUAAAUAACAACCAACUGGCACAGUUGGACGUGAACGCUUUUCGAGGACUCCAUGGUCUCUUGGACCUGCAGCUCAGCGGCAACAAGUUGAACUCGAUUGGCCAGGAAACCUUUCAGCCGCUCUCCCAACUGCGAGUACUGAACCUCUCGCGGAAUGCCCUCGAUGCACUGCGUCCCAGUGUGUUUGGAGCGAUCCAGAACUUUGUGCUGCAUCUGCAGCAGUUGGAUCUGUCCGGGAAUCGCAUCCGCCUGCUGUUCGACAACCAAUUCCGGGUUCUGGCCAGGCUGCAAAUGCUGGAUGUUUCGAGGAACAGCAUAGCCAGCCUGAGUGCAGGACACUUUGUGGGUUUGGGUGCCCUGCGCAAACUGUAUCUGCAGUAUAAUGCCAUCCUAGAGAUCAAGUCGGGCACGUUUGCUGCCCUGGUGAACCUGGACACUUUGGAUCUGUCCUACAACAACCUGGAGUUCUUCGAGGAACAGAUCUUUGGUAGUAGCACUUUGACGCGCAUGAGGAGGCUUAACUUGAAUGGCAAUCACAUGAAGCACCUGCAUCCCUUGGCAUUUUCAUCUCUGCCCUUUUUGGAAUACCUAAAGCUGGGUCACAACGAGCUUAAGUCCCUGGAUGUGCGGAUGUUUGCACCCAUGCGGCGUCUUCAGAAGCUGCAUUUGGGCCACAAUCUGCUGGAGGAGAUCAAUCUCGAUGUGCUGGAAAGCCUUAGUAGCGUUCAGGAGAUCCUGGUGGACAACAACCGCCUCACUUUUCUGUCCAAAGUCAAUGUGAGCUUUCCCAAUCUCAAGAGAGUAGCCAUCGAGGGUAAUCCGUGGCAGUGUCCCUGUUUUGUGAAGCUGCAGCAUUGGCUGGCCACCCGGGAUGUUGUGUAUCUGCGCGAUAACACUGGUUACUACAAGGGUGAACGACCCCUGUGCAUUGUGACCAAUGUGGAUCACUGCAUCCAGAAUUUACAGGCAGUACGUCGCCUGGGAAUCCUUGGAGAUUUCCAGGGUGAGCAGGUGGAGGCGGAUGCCUUUGAAGAUGAUGAGAGUGCAGCACAAGACUGAUUGCUAUCUAACACUAUUACACUACGUAACUGAAUUAGUUUUAAGCGUUCAAUGUAUUCUAAUAAAUAUUCCUAGAGUAUAAUAAAAAGGUGCCAAAUCGUUUACAACCUAAAAGAUUCCGACUUUUCUAUCAUUCCAUCUUGUCAGCCCAAUAUCACAUGCUACUACCCA